UCUCAAACUUAUUACUCAUUUUGGACUCCAAACCACAGCAACAUUAGCUGACGAAAACAAGCCCCUCUCUCUCUCUCUCUCUCUCUCUCUCUCUACUGUUUCUCUCUCUAUCCGAAUAUCUCACAACCCCAAAUUUGGCAUAAUAGGUUUUUUCUCUUUCCUCAGCGAAUCGUCACAUCUCAGCACCAAAAAAAAAAAAAAAAAAACUCUUCUCUUCCCGAACCCUAGGGUUUUCCCAUACCGAAAUCGCAUUUUCUAAUUCGGAUUUUCCCUUUUCCCUCUUUUCGCCUCUAGGGUUUUCGAUUUGAUGUGAAUUUCCUCUUCUCGCUUUGGAUUUUGGGCUUCCCAUUUGGAUAAGGUCCUCGCUUUUCGCUCCUCGAGUUCCGAUUGAUUUUGGUCGAUCCGCGAAUGGAAGCUCGAGAUUCGUCCUCAUCGUCAUCGGCAGCCGCGAAUCGCGAAGGUCCUUCGGCAGCCGAGGACGAAGCCGUCCUCUCCGUCGCCGCUGCGCUCGCCAAGGAUGCUGCCUUGCACUUCCAGUCGGGGAAGUUCGCCGAGUGCGUCGAUGUCUUGAACCAGCUCCUGCUUAAGAAGCCUGACGAUCCCAAGGUUCUUCACAACAUUGCAAUUACGGAAUACUUUCGGGAUGGUUGUUCAGAUCCAAAAAGGUUGCUAGACGUACUUAAUAAUGUAAAGAAGCAAAGUGAAGAGAUUGCACGAGCAUCGGGAGAGCAAGUGGAGGCUGGUGGUAGUCUUGCAAGUAAAACUGUUUCAGGGUCUAAAUCAUCUACAUUGGCACAUCCACUUUCUUCUGCUAGUAGUGCCAAUAUCAUGUACAUGGAUGAAUUUGACACUUGUGUUGCAACCGUAAACAUUGCGGUUAUCUGGUUUCAUCUUCAUGAAUAUGUGAAGGCAUUAUCAGUUCUUGAGCCUUUAUAUCAAAAUAUUGGACCAAUAGAUGAGACAACAGCUCUUCAUAUUUGCCUUUUGUUGCUGGAUGCCGGGCUUGCUUGCCACGAUGCACCCAAAUCUGCCGAUGUUUUAAUAUAUCUAGAAAAGGCUUUUGGUGUUAGCUGUACGAGUCAAAGUGACAAUGGAAGUAGUGUGGCACAACAACCUGCAAACCUAGUUGGGAAGUCCUCCUCUCUUCCUAGCAGUUCAUUGGCCACAGAUGCUUCUAACACAGAGUUAGUUUCUAACAAUGCAUCAGAAAAAGGCUUGUCAAGAACACUAUCAGAGGAAACACUUGAUUAUGACCCUGUGUUAUUUGACAUUGACGUGACACGGCCAACUGGUCUAUCAUUGUCGAAUGAUAUCUUGAGGAACUCAGUUGACAGGUCUAUUUCUUCCGUUGAUCUGAAGCUUAAGUUGCAUCUUUACAGAGUUCGAUUUCUGCUUCUAACUAGAAACUUGAAACAAGCUAAACGUGAAGUGAAGCAUGCCAUGAACAUUGCACGUGGGAGAGAUUCGCCAAUGGCUCUUCUAUUGAAGUCCCAGCUUGAAUAUGCUCGUGGAAAUCAUCGAAAAGCUAUCAAGCUGUUGAUGGCGUCUAGUAAUCGGACGGACACAGGAAUUUUGAGUAUGUUCCACAAUAAUCUGGGAUGCAUUUAUUAUCAGCUUGGAAAGUACCACACAUCAUCAGUUUUCUUUUCCAAGGCAUUGAACAAUUGUUCAUCUCUCCGAAAGGACAAGCCUCUGAAGCUGUCAACUUUUUCACAGGAUAACUCCCUCCUCAUUGUAUACAACUGUGGAAUGCAGUACUUGGCCUGCGGGAAACCAUUCCUUGCUGCUCGCUGUUUUCAAAAGGCUGGUUUGAUUUUCUACAACCGGCCUCUGUUGUGGCUUAGACUUGCAGAAUGCUGUCUAAUGGCUUUAGAAACGGGAAUCUUAAAAUCCAAUCUGGCACAAGAUAGAUCAGAAAUCAGAAUCAGUGUUAUUGGCAAAGGAAAAUGGAGGCAACUUGUUUUUGAAGAUGGGAUUUUGAGAAAUGGAAAUGUGGAUCUUGAGAGAGGUGAUUUGGUGUUGGGGAGUGAUGGGGAGCCAAAGUUGUCAUUGCCCCUUGCCCGGCAGUGUCUUCAUAAUGCCCUUUUCCUGUUGAACGGUUCUGAGUUGAGCUAUCUGAAGUCUAUUUUCCCUUCCAAUUCCUCUGUGGAUGAGAAUGAUACAACUGACAUUGCAUCUUCCAAGAACUUAAACCACAAGAACUUGCAGAACAUCGACUUGAAGGCGUCCACAGUUGCAGUCAGUUUAGGCCAGAUUAAUGCAAAUGGGGAUGCAAAAGAGCAAAAGGGGGGAACAACCCAGGAACUUGUUCAGAACUCCCUCACUUCUUAUGAAGAUACAUGUAAGAGAGAGAAUAUGUUGAUCAAGCAAGCUCUUCUUGCUAACCUGGCGUACAUAGAGUUGGAAUUGGGAAAUCCCAUUAAGGCCCAUUUGAAUGCAAGAGCUCUGUGUGAACUUCCAGAAUGUUCUAGAGUUUACUUGUUUCUGGGUCAUAUUUUUGCGGCAGAGGCUCUCUGCUUGCUGAACAGGGAAAAGGAAGCUAUUGAGCAUUUAUCGAUAUAUUUAUCGGAAGGAAAUGUGGAAUUGCCAUUCAGCCAAGAAGACUGCGAGCGAGGUCAGGUGGACCGGACUGGAGAUUGCGAGGAGUUAAAUGGAGGACAGGCGAGCGCCAAGAAUUCUUACUCUCAGGAUGUAGAAGGUAUUGUAUUCCUCAAGCCUGAAGAGGCACAUGCAGCACUUUACGUAAAUUUUGCUAGCUUGUACGCGAUGCAAGGCGAGUUUGAGCUGGCACACCAGUUUGUGUCGCAAGCAUUGUCCUUAACACCCAACAGUCCAGAAGCAAAUUUGACAGCAGUUUACAUCAAUCUGAUGCAUGGUAAGCCGCAGGAAGCUCUAGCCAAGUUAAAACAGUGCAGUCGAAUCAGAUUUCUCUCGAGUGGAUUAACAUCGAAUAUAUCUUCUUGAUCGCUGCAUUGGUGGCUUUUAUUCGUAACAUACGAUCCACCUCGCAGUCCUAAGUUUAGUCAGUAGAUGAGCAACAAUCCUUUAGGAGGAUUUGUAACAUAUAUAGUUCAAUUCAGAAAUAAAAUUUUCUGUUUAUUUUCUUUUCCUUUCUUUUUUUUUUUUUUUUUUCGGGAAAUUUUCUUCUGUAGGGCUCAUUAAUAGGUGGUGGCUGUGUUUUGGUUAGUCCGGAAGCCCACCUUUUUUCACAUUUGAGGUGUAGUUCUGAUUCGGGUUAUUGUGUUUUAGUGCCUAAUUCAGUUGGUUCAAAUUAUUGAGAAUUAUGUGCUCUUCCUGAAA